AUGGAAGUGAAAUUGAAACAUUUUGAUGCCGGUAUUACGCGUUUUAUCGAUGGAAGCCAAUACGAGGGUACCUGGAACGCGAUUGGCAUGGAUGGAAUUGGCACAUACGUUUACCCACAUAAUGCCAAGUAUCAAGGAGAAUUCCGCGAUGACACGUUUCAUGGGCACGGCACCAUUUAUUGGCCUCGUGGUCAAAGGAUGGACGGUGCAUGGUCUCGAGGUGAAUGGAAACGAAGCCGAUUCAUCUUCGCGGACGAUUUGAUUUUCCUGAAAAACGGAUGGAAAUACUGUAAAUUUCCCGACAGACGGUACCACCUAUGUCUGAAAUAUGGAUUACGUCCAGCCGGAGCUACGUUGAGUACCAACAACGAAAGGGAAUUUAUGAUCCCACCCCUCUGUUACGAUUCCGGGACCGGAAUAUUCGAUCCUUCGACGCACUGUAUCGUAUCGUAUCGAGACCCGAAAAAGGUACUGCAAAUACCGUCCAUGACGAUGGCUCGAUGGAUAAUGGACAACUGUCGGAAGGCUUGGACAAAGCCGACCGGGCAUCGGCCGCAUCUUUAUGAAAAUUGGUUUCGGAAAGACACCGCAAACGAUGCAACCGAUACAACCGAUGAAAAGGUUUCCCCCUUGUCGUCGUUGUUACCAUUUUCGAAAUGUUCUUCUCAAUUUUGGUGGAAGAGGUAUCAAAUUACGAAACGAUUACUGAUCUUACGAUACUNCGGCAUCGCCAGCCGCUUAUAA